AUGUCACUCAAUAGUGAAUACACAAGCCACAAGCUAUUAGUUGCAAAUAGAGGAGAGAUUGCUGUUCGCAUCAUUCGAACUGCUCAACGGCUGGGUAUAGCAACAGUAGCCAUCUACACCUCGUCAGACGCCCUCUCCCCUCACGUCGCCAUCGCAGACGAAGCCGCUCAUUUGCAGAACUACGCCGGCGACCAACAACAACUAGCAUCAGAAUCGAAGCUGUAUUUAUCCAGUGCUACCAUCAUCUCGAUAUGCAAGCAGCAUCGGGUUACCAUGGUUCAUCCAGGCUAUGGUUUCCUCUCGGAGAAUGAGGAAUUUGCUCUUUCUGUAGAGGCAGCCCAGAUGAUCUGGCUCGGUCCCCAACCAGACGUUAUUCGGAUCAUGGGUCUAAAACAUGAAGCCCGACAUCUUGCUGCGAAUGCUGGCUUGCAACUCGUUCCAGGGUCUCAAGGACUUGUAAACACUCUCGAUGAGGCCCUAAACAUAGCAAAUACGAUUGGUUUUCCUGUGAUUCUGAAAGCGACAGCUGGGGGAGGGGGCAUGGGUCUUAUUGUUUGUCAAAACGGCAGCGACCUCUCCAAGUACUUUAUCGGUGCUCAAGAAAGGGCAACUUCAAUGUUUCGUAAUGGGGGAGUUUUUAUUGAACGAUACUACCCUGCAGCACGGCAUAUCGAAAUCCAGGUGUUCGGUAAUGGACUGGGUGAUGUGGUACACAUGGGGGAGAGAGAAUGCAGCGUUCAAAGGAGACAUCAAAAGGUCGUAGAAGAGACCCCGAGUCCAUUCGUCACAGGUCAUUCAGGUCUUCGUGAAGAUAUGUGUAAUGCAGCCGUGAAGCUGUGCAGAGCUAUCAAAUAUGCAUCCGCAGGUACGGUGGAAUUUCUUGUGGACGAUGAGUCGGGCGAGUUUUUCUUUCUUGAAAUGAAUACACGUAUCCAGGUCGAGCACGCCAUCACAGAGGCUAUACAUCCUGGCCUGGACCUCAUAGAAAUGAUGGUAGCACAAGGAAUUGCACAGCAGUCUGAGGCGAGAGGUCUUGAUCAUGCGAAUCAAAGCAUGAUGCAAGCUAUCUAUGACAAGAACCUUGCUGAGUCUCGCAUCCACGCCAUCGAAGCCAGAGUCUAUUGUGAAAACCCCUCAGAAGGCUUCAAACCCAGUCCAGGCAUCCUACAGCUCGUGGAAUUCCCAAAAGAGAUUUGGCUUCGCGUUGACAGCUGGGUGUCAACGGGAACGGAAGUAACUCAAUUUUUCGACCCUUUACUAUGUAAAUUAAUCGUGACCGGUUCAACACGAGAACAAGCAGUUUCAAGAAUGGUUCAAGUAUUGAAAGCCUGCAAAGUCUUUGGCCCGCCAAACAACCUGGCCUACCUCGCUUCAAUAUGUAACAGCACUGUUUUCAAAAAAGGGAAGGCCACGACACGGUUUUUGGACAACUUUGAUUUCUCCCCAAGCGCAUUCACUGUGCUAUCAGCUGGUAUUGAAAUGACUAUCCAAGAUCUACCCGGCAGGCGUAUCGGGCUAGGCAUCCCGCGAAGCGGCCCCAUGGACUCUCAGGCAUUCAGUGCAGCCAACAUACUGGCUGGCAAUACACCGGAGACGGAAGCAUUAGAGAUCGUCUCAGCAACUGUGAAGAUUAAUGGAAAAGAGGUUCCCAUGUGGGCUCGCCUCGCUGUCUCCGAGAAUGGGAUUCUCGAUAUUGCGGUCCUCCCAGGUCCUGGGUUCAGAAUAUAUCUAGCAAUCAGAGGUGGCUUCCCUGAAGUGCCACAAUAUCUUGGAUCCAAGUCGACGUCGAUGGGCCUUGGAGGCUAUCAGGGAAGAUCACUUAGAGUGGGCGAUCAACUUUCCUUCGGUUCGCAAUCAUCAUCAGAGCAAGAUGAAAUAGAUCCGAUAGCCUUCUUACUCCCCAAAAGCCUCAUCCCGGUCUACCCUCAAGAUUGGGUUAUUAAAGUCUUGGCCGGACCGUAUGAUGAUGCGUUAAUUUUGACCCCUGAAGGAAACGCCAAGUUUUACUCGACGAAGUGGUUCAUUAGUUCAUCAAGUAAUAGAAUGGGGAUACGGCUGGAGAGCGAUCAAAGCUUAGAUUGGGCCCGUCACACUGGUGGCGAGGGAGGGUCUCACCCGAGCAACAUUCUAGAUAACGGAUAUGCGUUAGGGACGGUUAACGUGAAUGGAGACACGCCCGUUAUCUUAACAAAUGAAGGACCAGACAUGGGCGGGUAUGUCUGCCUGUGUACCGUCGCAACUGGGGAAAGGUGGAAGCUGGGGCAAUUGAGCCCUGGUAGUACGGUGACCUUUCGCAAGAUUUCAUGGCAGGAUGCACAAGCUUGUAUGAAAGACUCGCUUAGAUGGAUUGAGACCGUACAGGCCGUUAUCGCUGGAUCUCAACCACAUGCGGGCUUCAUAGAUGGUGCUUUGGAAGGCGAAGGUAGGGAGUUAUCCGGAAUUCUCCUAUAUCAGGCUGGCGACUCUGCUAUUCUGGUAGAAUACGGCGAGAUGCGUCUAGAUUUCGUUCUUCGAGUGCGCGUACACGCGCUGGAAUCGGAAGUGCGUAAGAGGAACAUUAAAGGCAUAUGGUCGUUUGCGCCAUGCAUUCGAUCCACGUUGUGCCAUUAUGAUCCUUCGGUUAUCUCCCAGGCCGACGUACUCGCUGUCCUAUUAAACACGGAACGUUCAUUACCAGAUUCCGCAUUAGACCUCCAGUUUUUUGGGCGCAAGAUCACAUUCCCGAUCGUGCUCGAUGAUCAGUGGUGUCGUGAUGCCUUGCAACGAUACAUGCGAACAACUAGAAAUAGCGCUGUUUAUUUACCAAGCAACAUCGAUUACCUCGCGCGAAAUAAUGGUCUGGAGGGUGGUGUCGACGAGGCACUUCAGAAACUGAUGGAUUCUGCUUGGCUCGUUUUUGGCGUCGGAUUUUAUUUAGCUUGUCCUUUCUUAGUUCCAAUCGACCCACGGUGCCGUCUAGUCGGGCAGAAAAUGAAUCCUUCACGAACAUACACUCCCAGUGGAGCGGUCGGCAUCGCUGGUCCCGUGGCUGCCAUUUAUCCGGUCAUCUCGCCUGGAGGAUAUCAGCUGUUUGGGCGCACGCUUCCAGCUUGGCAAACUUGGGGAAAGGGGCCUGAUUUUGCCUCCGAUCGACCGUGGCUGCUUCAGCCAUUUGACCAGGUCUUCUUCGAACCUGUCAGCGAGGAACGCUAUCUCGAGAUUGAACAGGAAUUCAAUGCCGGACAGUACAAAUUUAAGAUCGAGCCUGCGGUCUUCUCCAUGGCAGCGUACAUCACAUUCACCGACAGCAUACAACAAGAGAUUGCGGAGUUUAAGCGGAAACAGGCAGAAGGAACAGCGAGAGAGGAAGCACGUGAGACCGAACUGUUGCGUGAAUGGCAGGCGCAGAAAGCGGUGAAAGCCCCACCUACGGUAUUGGUGGAUGAUACAGGUAUGGUAGUAGGCACAAGCGUCACUUCUUCCAUAUCAGCGUCUAUUUGGAAAAUCAAAUGCCAGCCUGAAGAUGUUAUACAAUCUGCCGAUGACAUUCUGGUCAUCCUCGAAGCGAUGAAGACCGAGAUCAAUAUUCUUGCAGGAGAAGAAAAUGUUGGCAAGGUAGUGAAAAGCCUGGGUAAAGGGAUUAGGGAAGGAGCAAGUGUACAAGUGGGGGACAUCCUCGCAUGGUUUGAAUAG